CGUAGUUGAUUGCAGCAUUCUGGCACAUAAAUAUCACCCAAUCGGCGUUUCACAUCCAUUGUUCUCAAGUUGUUGCUGUUGACGUCACCGUGGGUUUAGCAAAGUCCGUUUUUUAAUUGCCUUGUAUAUGAAGAGGAGUGUUAAUUGUAGUGCUAAAGUCAGUGAUAGUGGCUCACUAUUAAUGGUAAUAAUUUUUUGAUCGAUAAACUCAUGGGCUACUUGAAGUACUCGAUAAUCCCGGGAUUGCAUCAGGUGUUCCGCAGCUUUGCAGUCUGUUUAGGCACCCAAACCGCGCCUGUUAAAUUACUUUUACGUACAGUGUGAUAAAAAUGUGAUUUAUGUUUGGCUUUCUACAGUGAUGACUGGAAACCAGGACUAUAAAUCGGCCAAGUCGAUCUACGACUUCGAGGCCACGUCGAUCAAAGGCGAAGUUGUGCCGCUGUCAAAAUAUGAAGGCCAUGUCUGUCUAAUUGUCAAUGUCGCCUCAAAGUGUGGACUCACUGCUACAAAUUAUAAAGAGCUGAACGAACUCUACGAUAAAUAUGCAGAGUCUCAUGGCCUCAGGAUCCUGGCUUUCCCAUGCAAUCAGUUUAAUGGUCAAGAACCUGGUACCAGUGAGGACAUUUGUAAUUUUGCAAAGCGUGAAAAGGUGAAGUUUGAUCUCUUUGAAAAAAUAGAUGUUAAUGGAGAUAACGCGCAUCCUCUCUGGAAAUACUUAAAAAAGGAGCAAGGCAGUAUCCUCGGUAAUUUUAUCAAGUGGAACUUCACGAAAUUCAUCGUCGAUAAAAAUGGAAAACCCGUUGAGAGACAUGGACCGGAUAAGGAUCCUCUCAAGUUGUCUUCAGAUCUUGAGAAAUACUUUUAACCACAUCGAACCACAACGUUGAUGAUAAUUGUAUUAGUCAUUGAAUGAUUAUUGUUUUUUUCAUUUAGAGAAAACAAUGACGUGUGAUUUACGGCAGUUCCGUAAUUUUUCCAGUUUUUGCUUAAUUAAAUUUCUUUGUUUGAUAUUAUUAUGAAAUGUUUGAUGAAAUAAAAUAAUCGAACCUUCAUUUUCACCACA